AUCGAUAUGCGGUGCAGCGUGAGCGGCAGUCAACAAUUGGCAACUGCGCAUCAUCAGUGCACUACGAGGCCUUCUACGUACUGGCAGUUGCACGCCGGCUGGCCUGCAAGCUUGGCAUCCAUCGAAAUGCGCAAGGCCGGGCUGCCAAAUUAUGCAAAAUGAACUUUGAGGACGGGGGCAGCGCGUGAUGGGGUGGAGGUGCAUCUGCCUCCUCUUAGGCGCCGUCACCGCGGCGCCGACGGGUAAGGUGAGGGGCCGGCGGGCAGCGGCCGACACAGCCACGGCGGAGACGGCCGCGGCGGACAUCGUCCGCCGGGUCUUGGCUGGGACGCCGACGUUUGACGACGAACGAGGCGCCGUCGUCGUCCCCGCGGGGCCCGACUGCACGAGCGCGCUCAACGAGGCGAUGCUCGCGGCGAACAGCGCCGGCGGAGGCACCGUCGCGACGCGGGACGGCGCCGCCUACGAGUUGGAUGGCCCGCUGAACCUGCUGUCGCACGUGCGUCUGCGGGUCGGCCGCGACACGACGCUCCGGUUCGGGUAUUCGGCGCCCCAGCGACCGCCCGUGCUCAGGAGUGCGGAGGGCGUGGUCUUCCACGGCCCGUCGCCCCUGGUCCGCGCGUACCGCACGCACGGCGCGCGCGUCGAGGGCCGCGGCGCGAGCAGCGUGAUCGACGGGGGCGGCCGAGCUUGGCACGAGAAGAACGCGAUGAUCGGUUCGGCGCACCGCACGAGCCGAAUAAAGGAAAUGGGCCACGAGCCCUCCGAGCACGGGCGCGUCGACCAGCGCACGCCGCCGACGCUCCUCGAGCUCUUCGGAUCGACGCGAAUCGUCGUUUCGAGUCUCACGCUGCGCGACAGCGCCUUCUGGACCGCGCACUGCGUGCUGAGCUACGGCGUGCUCCUCGAAAACAUACACGUGGAUAGCCGGGGCCGCAACACGGACGGCAUCGUGAUCGACUCCUCGACGGACGUCGUCGCGCGCCGCAACUCCAUCGUGAGCGGCGACGACGGCAUCUCCAUCAAGUCCGGGCGGGACGCGGCGGGCCGGAGCGUGGGGCGCCCGACCGAGGACCUCGUCCUCAUGGACAACGUGAUCGUAAAGGCCUCGGCCGGCGGCGUCGCGGUCGGCUCCGAGGUGUCAGGUGGAAUUAGGCGCGUGUAUGCGCUCAAUACGACCAUUACCAAGGCCACCAUCGCGUGCUACGUCAAGUCGACGCCGGGUCGCGGCGCCUACGUCCAGGACAUCUACGUGAGGGACGUCGUCGCAGAACAGGUGAAGGAAUGCAUCACCGUGAACGCUAACUUUAAGAACCCAACCCCGAAACCGCCGCCGGCUCGCCCGGCUCGCCCGACCGAUUUUCGCCGCCUCUCGUUCGAACAUGUGUUGUGCCGCAGCUCCGCAGAUUCUCGCGCUAUCAAUCUCGCGGGCCGGCCCAGCUAUCACCUUCGCGGCGUGCGUCUCGCCGACGUCUCUGUCCUCGGCGAGGUGCGCAAGGCCCUGGCCAUAGCGUAUGCGACCGACGUGUCCAUCGCCGCGCGUGUCGGCGCCACGGCCUUCGACCUUCGGAACGUUUCCGCCGAGGAAUGCCGGACGUGGAACGCCACGACGUAGCUACGACGUAGCACAAUUCGCAGCACUUACAUUUUGUGGAACAGAUGACGUGGAAAGCCACGACGUGAUACUACUAAACAGUUUGUGGAGC